AUGAAUUUAAAUCAGCCACAUCAAGGUAAUUCACUUGAAGGAGAAGAUAAUAUACUGCAUCAUCAACAACAAAUACAAGAUCAGCAACAAUUAUCAAUGUCUAAUCUACCCAAUUCUUCUACGUCUUCAUCAAUACAACCCCACAUUCAUCAACCAACACAUCCACAAUUAACUCCCUAUCAAAACCCGCCACAACCACAACCAUCCCCUUCUAAUUCAUCUUAUGUUAAACUGAUGGACAUGAAUCAGCAGUACAAUUCCCCAAAUCAGCAAACACAGCCACCACUUCCUCCACAGGGGCAAUAUCAAAGUAAUAAUCAACAAACUUCUCCAUCCAAUUAUUAUACCCAACCAAUUUAUAACCCACCUCUUCCUCCACUACCGGCUCCAGUAUCAUAUCAACAACAAACACAACAACUACCGACAACAACCAUCACCACCACCACUAGCACAUCAUCAGCAUCACAAGUACCACAACAAUCACUGUUUCAAUUUGAUUAUUCUCAUUCAUAUACUACCCAACAGUCACAUAAUUUCCCUUCAACUUCAUCAAAUACCCUGUUAUCUAAUAAUUUCCAACCUUUCCAACCAAUACAUGAAUCAUCUGCUCCACAACAACCACAAGUUCAGGAUUCCUCAGUAACACAGAGGAGAAAAAGACCAAGACGACUGGAUUCAAUACAUUCAAAUACCGGAGAAAAUGAACUAAAACAAUUGGCUUUAAAAUCGUCUGAUGUACCAUUAUCUGAUUUAGCUCAUAAAAUAAAACAAUUGGAAAAUGAUGUAAUAUCGCAUACUUCAACAUCAACAUCAAAUUCAAAUUCAGAUCAGUCUAAAUUGAAAGAAAAUAAAGAAACUCAACGACUGUUAUUUGGCAUGGUUUGGCUAUUAAAUUCUUGUGAAUUAUCCCCUACUGCGGUUAUACCAAGAAAUAGAAUUUAUGCCAGAUAUGUUCAAGUCUGUGCUGAUAAUAGCUUAGCUCCAGUUUCUCCUGCAAGUUUUGGUAAAUUGGUUAAAAUUUUAUAUCCAAAUAUAACUACUAGAAGAUUAGGUAUGAGAGGUCAAUCAAAAUAUCAUUAUUGUGGUAUUAAACUCAAUGGGGAUGAAAAUAUGCAACUGCAGUUGUUAAGUUUACAACAGCAACAAGCUGAAAAGGCCCAAAAACAUUUACAACAUCGUCAUAGUCGUCAAAGUAGUUUACUUAGUGGAUAUUCUGGUCAAAUUCAAUCUCCUGCUUCAUCACCAAAUUCAACAGGUUCAUUUGAAGAUACUCCACCAGCACCAGCACCACCACCUCAACAUCAUCAUCAACAGACAUCACAACCUCAUACACCUACUUUUACACCAAUAAAUUCUCCAAGUAUUUUAUUUUCAGCUACUUUAAAUGAUCAGCUUCCCCUGGUUCUGCAUAUGAAGUAUAUUCCAAAUUUAUUUCAGUUAUUAAACAGCAAUGCUGAUCCGAAUUCCAAUCCUUAUACUCCUAUACAAUUACCGUCAAUUUAUCCUUAUUUAACCCAAGAUGUUGAUUAUGAUAUUGCAGAUACAUUAUAUUCAUUAUAUAAAGUACAUGUCAAUGCUAUUUUUGAAUCACUUCGAUACAUGCAAUUGAAGAAAUUAUUUUCAAGUUUUAACAAUUUCAAUAGUAUUCUUACUGCUCCGGUUUUCAAGCUUUACACCACUGAUUCAGUUAUAGAUUGGAUUAUGCGAUGCGAUUUAAUCAUGUAUAAGAAAAUGAUUCGAAUGUUGACUAAAUUACAAUUGCAAUUAUUAAUCCCACAAGAGCAAUUAUACCAAUUGAAACAAAUAUCUAAUGGAUAUAUUAAAUCAUUGGCAUCAUCAUUAGUUAAUUCAAAAGUUUCGGUUAAUUUUGUUAUAAUGAAAUUAAAAUUAGCUAAACAUUUUAUUAAUUUAUUAAAUCGAUUAAUUAAAGUGAUUGAAACUGGUCAACCUGCAUCAAGAAUAUUAACUGAUGAUGCUGAGAAAAACUCCAUGAUUCAAGAUUGGAUGAAAUUGAAUUUACUGGAAGUUAUCAAUAGAGAAAUUCCUUGUGGUGAUAAAAAUAUUGAUAAUUUAAAUCAAAUUUUAAUUAAUGAUGUGAUUCAAUUAAUCAAACCUGACACUUCAUCUGGUAACAAUACAGAAGAAGAUUCAAUUAAUCCAACUUUAACAAUGAAUAAAUUUGCAAAUUAUGUAUCAAAUUUACCUUCAAGAUUUCCUGAUGUUAAUGCAAGAUUAUUUCUAAUAUUAUCUUCAAAUUUAUUAACCACAUGUUUAAGAGAAAUCAGUUUACUGGGAGGAGAAGGAUUUGGAGCAUGGUGGAUCGUUAGAUGUUGGGUUGAUGAAUAUUUAGCUUGGUCAUUUGAAGUUGGUGGAUUUUUUCAAGAUGAUCUUCAAGAGGCAAUGGAGCAACAGCAAAGACAGCAGCAGCAGCAACAACAACAACUACAAGAAACCCCAAAUUUAUUACAACAAUCAGUAGAUCAACAACUGUCAUCAGAUUAUCAAUUACAACAGCAACAACAGCAGCACCAAGAGGAAUCUGGAGAUAUGAUUUUUGGAAAUAUUGAUUUAUUGGAAACAUCAUUUGAUCUUGAUUCCAAAACUCUAAGUCAACAAUAUUCUCAACAAAAUCAAGCAGCUGAAUCAUUAUUAAAUUUCGAUACAAAUAUAGAUAAUUUGUUAAACUAA